AUGAAAUUUAGUAGUUUAACGUUUUUAUCUGUUAUUGCAACAGCGAUUGCUACUACAGCACCAUUUAAAAUAGACUUUAAGAUCCGUAGGGGAUCUUCGAAAGACAGUUUAACACCUGAAGAUGAAGAUACAACUCCAAGAUUUGUCAAGAGAGAUGGUUCUUUUGAAAUGAUUUUAACUAAUGAACAAACUUUUUAUAUGGCCAGUUUAAAGAUUGGAUCAAAUGAAGAUGUCAAUGAAGUUUUGGUCGAUACUGGAUCUUCAGAUUUAUGGGUCAUGUCCCAUGACUUGAAUUGUGUUCCUGUCCUGAAUACAAAACGUUUUGAAAGAAGUUUUGGCCAAGGUACUGGUGUCCUGCCCAUCCAUAAAUUGAAAAAACGACAACUCCCAGCUGCUCGUGAACCUGAACGUGAACGUGAUGUUAUACAACCUUCCAAAACAACAGAAGAAAAUGAAGAAGAAGAAGAAGAUGUUCACAACAAGUUAUUUGGUUCUUACACUACCAUAUACAUUACCGAUGGCAGUUUCCCUUCAAACUUUUUAUCGGGACCAUCAACUGGAUCUGGAUCCGGAUCAGGUUCAAACACUUGUACUUCAUAUGGGUCAUUUAAUACUGAAAAUUCCGAUACUUUUAGAAGAAAUGAUACUUUCCCAUUUGCAAUUCAAUAUGCUGAUGGCACUCAUGCUCUCGGGAUUUGGGGAUAUGAUGAUGUUGUUAUAAACAAUGUUACAGUACAUGAUUUAUCCUUUGCUAUUGCCAAUGAAACUUCUUCUGAUGUGGGUGUUUUAGGUAUUGGUUUGCCUUGGUUGGAAGUGACCUCCCAAUACGGAUAUAUUUAUGAAAAUUUGCCAAUCAAAUUAGCACAACAAGGAAUCAUCAAUAAAGCUAUAUAUUCUUUAUAUUUGGACACUGCAGAUGCCCAAACCGGGUCAAUUUUAUUUGGUGCCAUAGACCAUGCUAAAUACGAAGGUGAUUUGGCUACAAUUGAUAUGAUGUCAUCAUCUAGACAAAUUAGUGUUCCUGAUAGAAUUAAAGUCCCAGUAUCUGGUAUUUACUAUUCUGAUAGCGAUGGAAAUAAUGCAACUAUCAUGUCUGGAUCUACUGGUGUUGUUUUGGAUACUGGUUCAACAUUAUCUUAUGUCUUCAGUGAUACUUUACGUUCUUUGGGACGUGCACUUGGUGGUACAUAUGAUAGUACUCAAGGUGCAUAUGUUGUUGAUUGUGAUUUACGUUCUUCUUCAGAGACUCUUGAUAUAAAUUUUGACGGUGUCAAAACCAUUAGUGUUCCAAUUUCUGACUUGGUGCUUAGAGUUUCUAGAUCUCAAUGUAUGUUGGGUGUUUUAGCACAAUCUUCAUCUUCUAGUUACAUGUUAUUUGGUGAUAAUAUUUUAAGAAGUGCAUACGUUGUUUAUGAUAUUGAAGAUUAUCAAGUUAGUUUGGCACAAAUUUCCUAUACCAAUGAUGAAUCAAUCGAAAUAAUUGGCUCCAAUGGUAUCACCAACACCACUGGUUCUGGUGCAAGUUCCAGUUCUAGUUCAAGUUCUGGAUCUGGAUCUGGAUCUGGAUCUAAUUCAGGUUCUAGUUCUGGCUCCAGUUCUACAACAUCCAGUCGUGGCAUUGCUGAUGGUCUUGCUGUUCCAGUUCAAGGUUUGAUUUCCUCCAUCUUAGCAUGGCUUUAUUUUGUGAUGUAA